AAACGGAAAUAAAUUUUCUUUCGUCUCUACUCCAUAUUUUACACAGCAACAAUGGCAAAGAGGGACGUAAUAAAUUUUAUACAGUCGCUCAGAUUUGGGCUUUUAGAUAUCAAACGUCCUGAUAAUUACUUGCGGUUUCUGCCUGAGCAAUCACCAAGAACACAACCUGCUCCUAAUCUACCAGAUGGUCCAAAUCACAAGCUGUCAAGCAAUUACUAUCUAACUAGGGAUGCUCGCCGCCUAGUGACUCCACCUGAGGAGAUCAUGUCAGGGGGUCGCAAACUUCUGGCAGAUGCCUCGGGAGAGAAGGGGGAGUCAGCUAAAGGAUUAACAUCUAUAACACCAGGAGACCAUUACAAACCCACUGCUGAAGAGCUCCCUUACUAGAUUGUGAUUUAAUUUGUGUAAAUAAAUAUGUUAUUAUAGAC